GCAUCGGGGGCUGCGAGUGGCUGCGGUUAAUCGCGCAACGGGACGUUUCCGCAGCCAAUCAGUCGAUUCCAUUUUUGGCCAGACCGCAUGAAGGUUAGGUUGACAGCCCUGUUUGUGCGAAGACAGCAUGGUGCUCGUUCAAAUUAAAUCGACGAAGUCCGUUAGUGUUGAUAGUUUAUCGAGAAAUUUCUACGGGAUGGACCCAUCCAAUGCCGCGCCCGAAGCUGGAAAACCGGAAGGCAGGCUUCGUUACAGCAUGCUUCUUGCCCCAUUUCAGCCAGCAACAAGGAUCGAACUGGAGACUAAGAUAAACACCAAUAUAGAAUGUCACUUGGAUGUGAGAAACGUUGGCGACAAGACGUUAAACGUUUUUGUAACAAAGUUGCCAUCUACGGAGCGUCAGAUUGGCGUGAGCGUGUCCGAACUAGAGAUUCAAGGGAACGGUAAUGGUACGAUAUACAUCAAGUGGUCUCCCAAAGAAGCUGGAUGCUGGCGAGAUGUAUUGCAACUAACUGACAGCAGACAAAUUAAAUAUGACAUUAUUAUAGCAACGACUGCUAAGGACGAUAAGAAAGGCAACAAGGCGAGAAGGAGGCUAAAACCAAGUCUUUUAUUAUCAAACUCGUCAAGUCUCUCUACAUCAACGGUAAACAAACAAUUUCAUCGAAAUAACACGCUCUCUACAUCAACGGUAAACAAACAAUUUCAUCGAAAUAACACGCUGAAAGUUCCCACUAUGAGUCAGUCUCUGGUUGACAAUCUUGGUGCGCAAGUAAAACGAUGUGAAUCUAAAUAUGAGAACAAUCUGGAUAAGGAAAAUAUCUUAAAUAGAAAUAAUGAGGUGAAGACUUGUACGUCGCUGGCAAAGGACGAUGGAAUCGACGGAACGUAUCGUAAUGGGCAUGAUAAACUGGAAAACAUCUUGUGUGAGCAAAAUACAAAUGUGUGGAUCGACGGUAGUGUUCUGCAGCAAGUCUUGGUUCCUUCGAAUGGACCGCAAGAUAUACGCAGAGCCACAUACAUUAAAGAAGAUGGACCUUGCGGUGUACUGUACGAGCACAAUGAGGAAGUUGAUGGAAAUAAGGAGUGUGACAAAGACAAGGCCCGGUCCGAUUUUUCCAUACUUUUGAAUAAAUUUACAUUCACGUCUGCGGAUGUAAUUUCGAGUUCUCCCGAACCGGUGAGAAGGGAGUCGACGGACUCACCGUCUUUGCAGACUGUAGAUAAACACAGAACGUUCAAUAUCAGUCGCAGUCAAUUCUUUGAGACGUCUGCAAUUUACGACACGAAGACUCCCGCCGAUGAAGCACCUGCAUUACAACCAGCAGGCUUGCACAACUUGUCGCCGAUCAAGCCCGACGGCUGCACCCUCGUGAACGAUAUCAAGAAUUUAAUUUCGUCGUCGCCGAUUCAAUUUCAACGCCGAAUUAUAUCGAAAGAUCCUAAUGAAUGCGCGAAGCAUUUCACGGUGGACAUAAAUCCAAGUAGCCAAACAACCAAUUGCGAGUACUUCAGUUUUGAGGUCAUACCUAAGAAUGUCGAAGCGGCCAAAAAGAUGGGGGAUGUGUACAUCGAGAUUUCUCCACCGAAGAAGCAUUUCCACUCCAAGAUGGUAUCUAUGUCAAUAUCGAAGCUGAGCAGCGCGAAAACCGGCAGAGUUACAAAAAACAAUACCUCGUGUGACGCUGGAAACAAAAAGAAGCUACAGCUAAGCGUGUCUGCUGCAAAGAGGAAUACGAAGAAUAUACCAGCGAUCAAGAUAAACAAGUUGUCUCUUAGUACCUUGCUAAGUACCAAGUGGCAUAGUUCGUCGUCCAUCAGAGAUCCGAGUUUCAAAAUGCGCAACAAAGAGGAAUACUUUAUCUAUGGCACAUGUGAAUUGGAUCCUUUUGCACCAUCCACGACGGAGGAUCCAUUUCUCAAAAAUAUAGUGCAUUUUGACCAGCCAUGGCUGCUGCAGCAAGAGUUAGCGUUCACAAAGUGGUUGAAUGCUCUGCUAUCUUCGCCGGAGGACUUGUCCGUUGACAUUGAAACUGCCGUAGCGGACAUCGACAAGGUGUGGCAAACAAGCAAAGCGCAGAAGAAUACUGUAUUGGCAGAAACCAAGGAGGCUGUAUCAGCUAGGUAUCACACGAAUACGAGAUUAAAUACAUUACGAAAAGCUGCAAGUGCUAUGUUCAAACGCGACGAAGUCACGCAAGUACUUUCACGCACCAACCUGUUCAUCGUCAAAGGAACUUUGUGUAUUAGAUCGGAUCGUAAUCUUCAUCGUGAUAUCGGCUUGCAGAAGCUCAUAUUGAGCUUAUUCCUGAGUUACAAUCCUCUAUGGCUACGUAUCGGCUUGGAAACUGUAUACAGCGAGAGUAUUUCGCUACGCUCGAACAACGACAUUGUUGGCCUGACUCGCUUCUUAUUAACGAGAUUCUUUUCGGAUCCACGACUGAUGAAAAUGCCCGGCUACCAUAAAACUGACCCGAGCCAAAAGUUCAUCACGCAGCUGAAUCAGUUUAUUCUGAGAAAAUUCUUGUUUCUCGUAUACUUUCUGGACUACGCUAAGCAGCAUAAACUGAUCGGCCACGAUCCGUGUCUGUUUCACAAACGCGCUCAAUAUAAGGAGAGUCGCCAGAUCUUGCUGAGUUUCUCGCGCAAGCUCCUAAGCGGCAUCGGCGACGUGACCGGACUGCUGCGCGGCCAUGACUACGUGCUCACUUAUCGGCAGACUUACAUCGAGGAGUACGAUUACGCGGUGGUGAACAUACGGCACGAUUUACGUGACGGCGUGCGACUGUGUCGCGCGAUGGAGCUCAUCACCGGCGCCCGAGGAUUGACCCAACGUUGCCGGGUACCGGCGAUUUCGCGUCUACAGAAGGUGCACAACGUGGAUCUGGCGUUGAGUGCUUUGCGCCAGGCUGGCUACGUUCUUGAGGGCAACAUAGACGCGAAGAGCAUUGCCGAUGGCCACUGCGAGAAGACUCUGUCGUUUCUCUGGCAGAUUAUCCACAGGUGCCAGGCGCCGCGGUUCGAUCGGGCGGCCCGCGUGAUUCAGAGAUGGUGGCGGGCGCAACUCUGGUACAUUUACGUGAGGAACUUCUUGCGCGAACGUAGAAAUAUCGCCGCGAUAAUAAUCCAACGCAUGUGGAAGCGCAAAAUAACACUGUCUUCGCCCGUGAUCGAAAUUGACUGUAAUCUUGAGGAACGCAAAAGAUACUUGCGCAUUCGAACAGCCGCGAUACAACUUCAGACCUGGUGGAGAUCUGUAAAAGCCAUGCGGGAACAGCGCGAAUGCUUCCUCCACACAAGAGAGAACGCUUGUAUUAUUCAGGCUUGGUGGAGGCAACAUUUGUUGGUGCGAAAAGCGCGCAAUGAUUUCCUGUUGACGAGAGCUGCCGCGCGUAGCAUCGAGAGAUGGUGGAUAAGCGUGAUCGACAGACGUAAGUUCCUCCAGUAUCGGGAGAGUGCUGUUCUCAUUCAGAGAACGUGGAGAACGUACCGAGCGCGCAAGCAAGAAGUCGCCUGUUUGAAGAUACAAGCGUGGUGGAGAGCCGCGACGUGCUCGCGCAGAUAUAGACUUCAGAGAUCUUGCUGCUUGAAAUUGCAACGUUGGUGGCGCGGAAUCGAACUUAUGAAACGUCAACGCCUGGAAUUUCUGCAACUGCGGGAAGCGGCGUGUAUUAUACAGAAGAAUUGGCGGGCGAGAACGAUCAGGAGGG